AUGAAUUUCGAGACUCAACGUCCACAGCACGGUGGCGUCAUGAUAGAGAAGCGGCAAGUAUCAAAAAGAACACGGCGAGAGCGGCUUCCAGGCAAGAACCAGAAGUAUUUAAGGGCAGUAAAAAACUUUUUUGAGAAAGAUGAUCUACACCUAGCCGAUGCAAUGGAACAGCAGAAGCUCAAGUUCCAAACAAUAGGACAGACGGACUCACACAGUUCGUCAGGUUUCGGUCAUGUGUCAGAUCCUCCUUCUCCCACUACACAAAAAGUGAAUGAGCUUGAAAUGCUUCUCAAUGCACCACCUUCUCCAAAAAUGUCACACCAGUCUCAAGGUGCAGCUUUUAGUCAACAUAAAAGUACGCUUCUGUCAACCUCGCCUAGGCAUUCCGAGAUGAAUCAAGUGAGCCCUCCAUCCGGAUCCGGAAAAGAAGCUCAACAUUCGCAACAUUCAGAGCAUUUAAUAGCAGCAUAUUCACCAAAGUCCCACUCUCGUACUUUUGCUUCAAUUACUACGCCGUUUUCGAAAGAGGUGAAAAGAAAUAACAAUGGUCGUAGACCAAAAGGGUACGAUUCAAAUGCCAACAAGAUCGCACUUUUUGCGGAGACAUUUCUAAAUCAUAAUAAAGCAGCAAGUCAAGAAGAUGCGAUCAGACUGGCGAAAGAGAAGCUAAGCGCAAUAAGAGAGCGAACUUCAAAUAAUUUGAAAAAUUGGAAACACAUUGCCAAAACGGAACCUUCAAAAGCUGGCGAAAUGAAAACCAACGUACCCAAGCAUUUACCAAUCAACCUUUACGUUUCAGCCAGAGCCCAUCAAUUGUAUCAUAGGGGUCAGUCAAAGGAUCUGGCAGAAGCUGAAAAGCUUGCGAAAGCAGAAUCGGUACAAUUUAGAGAAAAAAAGAGAAAACACAAUGCAAUAUAUGAAGAUAAACGCCGCCAAAAGAAACAAGCUUGA